CUUGUCAUAAUAUUUUUUAUAUAUCUUUAAAACGGGAUUAUGUUUGUAUUUUAUUAUUUUAAUCAAAAUUGCGGUUUGGAAUUAUUAUCUUUGUAUUCAUGCCUAGGAAAACGAUACCAUUAACAUUAAUUCGUAACCGUUAGAGGAAAAUGGUUAAUGGUCAUGGCCCUGAAACGAGCUAUGAAGAGCGAGCGGAGCGCCAACUCCAAGUGGUGUACGCGCGACAAACUCGUGAACGCCAAAUCUUUAUGCAAGAUCUUAGGGACCUAAGAAGAAGACACGAAAAGAAUGUAUUGAAAACCGUGAAAAAACUUAUAGGUCCGAUUUGGCUGCAAGCUCUUAGUGUUCCACAGAGAAACGCUCUUGAUACUUUGGAAUUUAGUAUUUAUCAAGACUUACUUGAGGGUAUCCCAGUGAGAACAGCUAACGUUAUGCGACUGCUGGGAUUAUAUCCCCGACCAAAAACCGAUGAUCUCAUGAGCUGUAUAUAUCUCGGACGAAAAGAUCCAAAAGAAAUGCUGGCGCAACUCUUUCUGCUGACUUAUGGGCACCCAAUUGAAUCAAAGAGAUCAUCAUAUUGUCUUAACGCGAGACUAAUGUUGUCUGGUAUACUAUAUUUAGGUUUAAACAAUUUACUCAAACUUUUAAAAAUUAAAUUUCGCCCAGAAGCUGUCGAUAAACCUAAAGAAACUAAGCCUAAAAGAAAACCUCCAGAACAAUUAAAAUCUCCUUAUCUACAAGAUAUGAUUGCUGUCUUAUAUUUGCCGCCCAAAAGAAAACCUUUUCAACCAGCUCCACUGCCAAAUUUAGAUGAUCUUAAUGAACCUUAUGAAGAAGAUCCCCCAGUACCAAAACCACCUCCUCCACCACCGCCACCACCACCCCCUAAGAAAAGGUUACCGCGUUCUUAUUGUGAUAAAUUAGCAGGAUUUAUGAAAAUUGAACCUGAUACUUCAGUCUCCGCUGUUGCUGUAAAAACCGUUACCCAUCGGAGUCAAAUUCAUAAGAGCAGAGGGUCUAAAAUGUGUGUUGAGGUGAAGAAAACAUAUGGUAUCAGCAUGGCUCCGCCAAGUAAAGGGAAAAGAAGAAAAAAGCUUGUUUCACCAAAAACUGGCCUUUGGAAUGCGCAAUACAUGAUAAAUGGGGUUUAUCGUAUUCAUGGGAAGACGGUGUAUGUGCUUGGCAACGUGUCUAUACUACCACCGCAUGGCGAUCUAAUUAAUGGUGGAUAUAGGUUAAUAGAUGGUGAAUAUAUUAAUAUUCACUGUGGUUUCCGUGGACGACCUCCACCUCCCAAACCGGACCCUUGUGAUUGUCUCAAGAAAUGGCAAGACACAGCUUUCAAAUACGUAAAAGAGACUAAAUGCACGUGUGGCCAUUAUUAUGACUAUGGCAAUGAGGGAACAUUCCCACUAUCUGAGCUUCCAUACUUUCAGAAACCAACAAAAUUUGCCCCAUUCAAAUUUAACUAUGAAACAAUUUAUAAUAUGGACCAGAAGCAUCUCUAUGUUCAAAAGGAAUUCAAAAGAAUAUGGGAAACAGAUAGCGCUCUAUGUGUAGGUGACAGUGCUGCUCUGGAAAAAACGAACAAAAAGAAGAAAAAGGCUAAGAGGUCAUCAGUAACAUGCUUAGGAGAUAAUCCUAAACCUGAAGAUUACCUAAAGUGCGCCUUAAGACAUAUGCGUCGGAUAAAUAUUGCAGCUAAACUGCCGGACAUACAUUUAGUGCCCGAACUACGGGAAUGGAUGAGGUGGAGAAUUUACGGACCAUAUUCAAGAUUUGAAAAGGAAGAAAUAUUACGCAGGAGUAUUGCGUAUUGGCAAACAUUUUUAACCCUUGCGAAAAAAGGAUUUGGCCACGUUGCACCUAAGAAAGAUACAAGGUUUGCUGGCCAUACUAACUGGGUAUACAAGCAAGAGUUAAAUGACAAAUUCCGAAAAUUUGCACAACAAUAUAAACUAGAGCUGUUUAGAUCAUACGCCUAUAUUACAAACCUGCUGUGGCCCACGAUGUGUCAAGCUCAAUUCCCUGAUAAGAAGUUCCGUGAAAUAUAUUUUUCUUAUUUAUUUUCACGCAUUGAAGAGGUUCAACUAAUGCACCCUUACAGUUCGAGGGAAGCCAUAGAACGCAAAUUGGUCAUUGGUAAAAGGAGAUAUACUUGUUUGCCAGACGGCAUUGAGCCAGAGGAAUGAAAGGAUAGAUUGUUAGAGUGGCGGCAGUGAAAAAACAAAUACGUAAUCCAUAAUUUAAUGUGAUCAGUAUAUUAUAAUAAUAUACUCAAUUAAUUUUACAAUGACACGUCUUAAAAUUAAAAUGUUCACUGUAAAACAACUAAGUUGCUGGGGCCCUAUAAAUUGCAACGUAUAUAAUAAAUUUAUUAAAAUAUAAUUGUUGUCCGAUUUGUUCAAAACAUUUCCAAAAUGCAAAUUAGAAAUCAAUAACGUUGUUGUCGUAUUUUUAUUCUACAUUCACACUAUAAUACUCGCAGGUAUUAAAAUAUUUUCUCUUUUCCAACAUCGUGUUACUAUGUUUAAUUAUAUUUACUAAAUAUUAUGAUACAAGUCUUACAUUAUUAUAUAAUCUAUAACACUUUAAAAUAUGUCACUAGUUGUUAUAGAGGGCGCCAGUUGUCCCACUAUAACUCUAGUUGCCGACUGGAGAUACUAGUCCAAA